GAACUGUUUUUUUUUUUCUUGUCGGAAUUAGGGUGGACUAGUUAAGGUCAUGUUUAAGAAUGUUUUGAGCAGAUUGGCGACAGAAACGGUUCGUGUUCACCGUCAUGUGAGACACACGGAGUUUGUAAAGACUUUGACACCGCUGAGGAGCUUCACGGAGGCGAAGGACGAAGCGCAUCCGCCUUUUGAUUCCUCCCUGCUGGACUUCCUGGUGUGCCCGCUGUCCAAGAAGCCACUCAGGUAUGAUGCUAACACCAAUGAGCUGAUCAACGAGGAGCUCGGCAUCGCUUAUCCCAUCGUUGAUGGCAUUCCUAACAUGAUCCCCCAGGACGCCAGACUCAUAAAGAAGGACGCAGACGCUCCAAACACACCUGCGCAGUAACAGGAA